AAAUUGAAUUUUAAUGAAUGAUAAAGUACCUAAUGCUCGUCUAAAACUUGGACGGAUAUUAAGUUUACUCCUCGUUUCUUAAACAACUAUCGAUUUUCGAAGCACUACUUGAAGAAAACUAGCUCAACGUGAGUAAUUGUGUUACUCGGCUGAAUUUUCCUCAAUUGCAUUCUAACGUGAAAGUGAAAAAGCUUCGCAAGAGGAAAUAAUAUCCCUAAGGCGAAAUUUUUAAAAUAAAUAUCUACUAUCAUAAAUUUAAUGACAACGUUACGGAUUCUUAACAUCAAUUAAUUUUGAAAAAGUAUAUAUUUAUUUUCCACUGACAGCAUAAUUUACUUUUGGCGGGAAAAUAUUUUUUUAAAAAUUUAAAUUGCAAAACAAUAUGACGAGUUUUCAAUCAAUUUUUUGAUCGAUUAUAUGAAUAUAUAGGGAAAUUUUUUGAAUUCAAAAAUAAUUAUGCUGGCUGUGGCAAUUCGCGGUGUUGUUUUACUGAUCGUAAUUGGCUGGUACAGUAACAGCGUUUGGAAAAUGAUUGACGGAUAUUUUAAAGAUAAAUUUGAAAAAUAUUUACGUGAUGAGUACAAAAGAUUUCCGCAAAUGAAAAAAGAUGUUCAAGAAAAAUUAACGGAAAAACAAAUAAACGAAAUUGUCGACUCUACUAUAAUAGACAGCAAAAAUAAACCCAAAGAAAAGCCAUUAAUAUUAAAUUCAAAUGUUGAUGAAAUUAAUAAAAUUAAAUCAGUUAAUUUGGGCAAUGAAGAAAAUUUCAAAUCAAAAGAUGAGUUACGACUGAAACCAAUUAAAGAAAUUAAUAAGAAAAAGAAAUCGAAAUUUAAAAAUUUACAUUCUAUUGAUAAAAUCAGAGCUGAGAAUGACGAAAAUGAUUUUUCGGAGUUUGAAAGCGAUGGUGAUAAAAGAGAAAUUAAAUUAAAAGGUAUACGAGUGGCGAGUUUAUCAUUUAAACCUAAAGCUGAUAUUGGUAGUCUUGAUAUUAUUUCAGAAGAUGAAUUCUGUCCAAUUAAUUUAGAUAAUUAUGAUGAGGAAACGUGUGGAGAAAUUAAAGUAUGGCCUUAAUUAUUUAGUUUAUUUGUAAUUUUAAAUUUAAAUAUCAAUUUUAAGUUUUCAUUUGUUUGAAUAUUAUAUAUAGGCCUCUCCAAAAAUCAGAUCUAUAAAAA